AUGGCUCAUUCAUCUGACACGGCACACAAAGACAUGACGAAUGGGGCUCAUCCCAGUGCCCAGCCAGGGCCCUCGGGCACUUCUACUCUACCACGCUACCUGCACAGGAAGCAGCAGCGCCAGAGAGGAGUGAGAUCUUCCUCUCCUAUGGGCAGGGUCAUCCUCAUCAAUGCACCUGUCGAUGGUGGGGAUGACAGUGAAGACAUCCACACAAUUACUGUGGACAAAAGUGAGGAUGGCAGGCUGGGCUUCAGUGUGCGGGGAGGCUCUGAACAUGGCCUGGGAAUCUUUGUCAGCAAGGUGGAGGAUGACAGCUCUGCAGAGUUGGCAGGCCUGUGCGUUGGGGAUAAGCUGGUCGAGGUGAAUGGCAUAAGUCUGGAGAGCAUCACCAUGAGCAGUGCAGUAAAAGUCCUGACAGGAAACAAUCGUCUGCGCAUGGUAGUAAGACGUGUGGGGAAGGUGCCUGGUAUCCGCUAUUCAAAAGAGAAGACUACAUGGGUAGAUUUGAUCCACCGAAGGAUGGUAGUGGAAGAAAGUGGUCGCACACCUUCAGAGGCCAGUUCAGAUGGAGCCCUGCGCAGAAUAGUGCACCUUUACACAACCUCAGAUGACUACUGCCUGGGCUUCAACAUCCGCGGUGGCAAAGAGUUUGGCCUGGGCAUCUAUGUCUCAAAGCUGGACCCUGGUGGCCUGGCAGAGCAAAAUGGAAUUAAAAUGGGGGAUCAGAUUCUGGCAGCCAAUGGAGUGAGUUUUGAGGACAUCACACACAGCAAUGCAGUAGAAGUGCUAAAGAGUCACACACACGUGAUGCUGACUAUCAAGGAGGCUGGCCGAUAUCCUGCUUACAAGGAGAUGGUGGCGGAGUACAGCUGGCUUAAUAAAUUGGCUAAUGGAGGCCAGCCUUCUUCCUCCCAGGGUUCAGACUCCUACUCCUCCACUUCCUCUCUCUCCUCUGGGACGCCGGUCAGCUCUCUCAGUGGCCUUUCGCAGGUCAUGUUCCCUCCUAUAUUUGGCUCAGAGAUGGUGGAUGUCUGUAUCUCCACUGAGGACCGCUCAUGCCGGCCCAGCUCUGAACGGAUAGAGACCGCCAUGCAGACUGACCCACUGGAGCCUGACACCACAUCAAAAUCUAGUAGGGUCAUAAACACAGAAACCAGCCGAAUGGUUGGAGAAACUGUCCUGUUAAAAGACACAGUGAUCCGCAGUGGGACUGCCAAAUCUCGGACAAGGACCUUCUCUGCUGGGGAUAAAGAGACUCUGGACUCCCCUAAAACGGCAGUCCUGAUGGCUCUCAGCAAGCCUCGGAAACCCAUCCGCCGAUCCCAGAGUCACAUCACUGUGUCAGAGGACAAGCAGAAGAAAAAGAAGCAUCAAAAGGACAAGGUAGAGAUGGAGGGAAACACCCUGCAGCGCUCCAAAACCUUUGUCAGCUUGCUCUUUAAAAGCGGACGCAGGAGAGAAAGGUCGUCCUCCAGAGACAGGAAGGACAAAGGGACAGGGGACGGACACAGAGGAAGAUCCAAAUCCCCGAAACAUUUAGAUAACAAACCGGGUAAAGAGCGGGGUCGACCCAUAAUUAACCUGUUGAGUUCUCCCAGAGAGACUCGUGCUGGAAUGAGGGAGCACAGCCCCAUCCCCAGCCCAGAGACCAUGGCCAUGUUGGAGGAUAUGGCCUGCAAGCUGCUCAACGCGGAUGAGGUGGCGGCUGUCAUGAGACACUGUAAAAGGUUUCUAGUUGAGCGUGUGGUUGAGGAUCUGGUGCGCCCCCUGCUGGCCAUCUUGGACAAGCCUGAGAAGCUUCUGCUGCUGAGGGAGGUUAGAAUGAUCAUCCCUCCCACAGAUCUGGGCCGUUUUGACAGUAUGGUUUUGCCCUUUGAGCUUGAAGCCUAUGACAUACUAAAAAACCGCUCUGUAAGGUCUCCUGUCCUGCGUUCUCCUCGUCAUGGUGGAACACCCCGUCGCCAUCUAAUAACGCCCAUCCCAGAUUACCGUGGUGGAUUCCACCUUCAGCCAGUGCAAGAUCUGGAGAGAGAACGGCAGCUCAUUGAAGAUCUGGAACUGCUGCGUUUGGCGGGUUUACCAACUGGACGACUUCCUCCUCCUCGAGCUUUCACACCUCUCUUGGAUGUACCAGUGGACACUUACAUCACAGACUCGCUUCGUAAUCGUUCACUGAGUCCUGCUCGUCCUGGCUGGCCUCACUCAGAGUCUUCUCACGGCACGGAACGCAUCGCACGCUCCCCCCAGAGAAGAGACAACGGUUUCCCCAGGACAUCACACCAUGACUCUUUAACCAGCAGGGGUGAUUCUGUCCCAGAGCGAGGGAGAUCCCCUUAUAGGAAUGGACAUAGAAUAAAAACAGACAAAUCCCAGAAUGGUAAAGAGGUAAAGUAUACUGUAAUGAGUGCACACCGCCGGAGUAGGACCCCGUUGACCCAGGUGUUUGCGCCCAGCUCAGAUCAGGACUGGAAAGAACCAGUGAAUGGACACUCAGACAGCCAAGAAACCCCACCAGAGCAAGAGUAUGAACUAUCCACGGUUUCUAUCUCUAAGACCAAACAGUCCCUUGGAAUAAGCAUCUCAGGUGGGAUUGAGUCAAAGGUGCAGCCAAUGGUGAAGAUAGAGAAGAUCUUUCCAGGAGGAGCGGCAUCUACUAGUGAUGUUCUGAAGGCUGGAUUCGAGCUGGUGUCGGUAGACGGAGAGUCCCUCCAAGGUGUUACACAUCCACACGCGGUGGAUGCCAUUCGAAGGGCUUUCAGCAACAAGGCCAAAGACCCCAUGGAGUUUAUCAUCAAAGUUCCCAAGAACCCGAGAGACUGACUGAAACAGCCUGAAACUCAAUGAGUUUUGCGAAAGGCCCCAAUAUACUUAUGGUGAAGUUCUUUUUCAUUCUUCACUUGGGUAAAAAAAAGUUUGAAAUACCUGAGCAGUGGUGAACUGUUUGUGAACAUCAUGAUGCCGCCCACGCUGCUGAGAACAGAGAUUAGAUGAAUAUGUAAAUAUGUGCUACACACUCUUCUCUCAAUAACAAAAUAAACAUAGAACAAAAAUGACAGUGGUAAGAAGAAG